UAGCCAUCUGUGGCGGUCUUGUGCUUCUUGGCCGUCGACACCUACAUGGAAUUCAACAAUUAUAUAAACCCCGCAGCCGCGUUCUGCGAUUAUGUCAAGCACUCGGACACAGCUCAGAGACACAACUGCCAUCGGCAUUAACUCAUCAUGUCUAGCACAAUCGACCAUGUGGGAAUCCGCGCCCCAAAAGAUCAGUUUGAGAGCAUCAUCGACUGGUACAAGAAGGCUCUUGCACCGCUGAAGUACAGGGAAAUGAUGCGCUUCCCAGGAGCUGUCGGACUCGGCUCUGAACAUCCAGAUUUCUGGAUCUCAGAGACCGACGAGCAGUACGGUGGCUCCCACUUUGCUUUUAUAGCGCGUGACCAUGCUACGGUUGACGCUUUUCACCAGGCUGCUGUAGCAGCUGGAGGAAAGUGCAAUGGCGCUCCUGGAAUUCGGGCAGAGUAUCAUCCAGAGUACUAUGGGGCUUUUGUGUUGGAUCCGCUGGGCAACAAUGUGGAAGUGGUGGAUCACCCCUUCACUGGAUGGGACGAUAUCUUCAAGAAAAAUGAUGCUUGAAUAAGUAUUUCAUCUCUGGCUCGCGGUCAGUUUCUUGGUCCUUUCUCCAUUGUCGAGGAAUGCGGGGAG